AUGUUUAAGUUCUCGCUCUUCACUGCCAUCCACAAGCACUACACGUUGGAACAGUGGAAGGAGUUUGCCCUCGAUAAUCCGGACUGUUUGCAGAACAUAGCAGCAAGCGCGGGCACUGGGCCCAGCGACUUGGAGAAGCUGACGGCGAUCCUGGAGCUCUUGCCGGACAUCCGUUACAUCUGCCUGGACGUCGCCAACGGAUACUCGGAACACUUUGUGGAGCUUGUGAAAGCCGUGAGGAAAAGAUUUCCGGAUCACACCAUCAUGGCUGGGAACGUGGUGACGGGUGAGAUGGUGGAGGAGCUCAUCCUGGCUGGAGCCGACAUCAUCAAAGUUGGGAUUGGACCAGGUUCCGUGUGCACGACCCGGAUUAAGACAGGGGUGGGAUACCCGCAGCUGAGUGCAGUUAUCGAGUGUGCAGACGCAGCCCACGGUCUCAAAGGCCACAUCAUGUCGGACGGAGGCUGCACCUGCCCUGGGGACGUGGCCAAAGCCUUUGGUGCCGGUGCGGACUUUGUGAUGCUGGGCGGGAUGUUCUCGGGACACUCCCAGUGCGGAGGCGACACCAUCGAGAAGGACGGCAAGAAAUACAAGCUGUUCUAUGGGAUGAGCUCGGAGACUGCGAUGGAGAAACACGCCGGGGGCGUCGCCGAUUACAGCAUGAUCCGAACUGAAGAAUCCCGGCAGUCGCUCCCAGCGCCGGCCCAGCCGGCAGACCUUGGCGCACCGCAUAAUUUCUCUCCUUGGGCUGUUCAGGCCACGAUCAGGUCAGCCAUGAAUGGUGCCGGUGCGGACUUUGUGAUGCUGGGCGGGAUGUUCUCGGGACACUCCCAGUGCGGAGGCGACACCAUCGAGAAGGACGGCAAGAAAUACAAGCUGUUCUAUGGGAUGAGCUCGGAGACUGCGAUGGAGAAACACGCCGGGGGCGUCGCCGAUUACAGGGCGUCGGAAGGAAAGUCAGUGGAGGUGGAGUUCAAAGGAGACGUGGAGAGCACGGUCCGAGAUAUCCUGGGCGGCGUGCGCUCCACCUGCACCUACGUGGGAGCGGCCAAGCUGAAGGAGCUCAGCCGGAGGACCACCUUCAUCCGCGUCACGCAGCAGCUCAACCCCCUGUUCAACUAGAGCCCGCCAGCCACUCCUGGCUCACGCCCCGGUUUGAAGCAGCGUCGUUGGCGGAGCUGCGUGGUGUGGGGUGGUGCAAUGGGCUGCGCUUCAAUCCAGCUUUGUCUAAUCCCUUCCUAAACCCACACAUUCGUCGUCCUCCCCACUCCCCACUCCUGACCCACCCUACACUGCAUUCCACCCACCGUUCUGACCACUGAGGACCACCCACCCCUGCUCCCUGCCCCACUGCACCCCACCCCACUGCCCCCCACCUCACCGCCCCCCCACCCUUUUCCACUCCACUCCAUUCAGUGUCUCCUCCUUUCACCUCACUGUAAUGGCAAUGUAGGGCUUCCUGUUUGACUGGGGCAGGAAGAAGGUAACCACAAGAGACCCUAACCCAGCUGAGGGCAGUGUAUCAGAUACGGUCCAAUCACUGCCCAGGGUGUGUGUGAUGGGGACAGUGUAGGGGGAGCUUUACUCUGUAUCUAACCCCGUGCUGUACCUGUCCUGGGAGUGU